GUACAAUUUUGUGCCAUUCGACCGAUGGCAUCUUUAGCCAAGAUCUUGACAGUUCAACAGGCACUUUUUGCAGGCAGGUAUUGAGCUCGGGUGCCCAUAAGACCUGAGUUGAACUGUCCUGCGAAUCAUGGAUUCGGCGACAGCUACGUCUCAAUCCCAACCCUCGGAUUCAUCACCCCGCCGCGCAAGAGUCUCAGACCCGCCCUCUGUUUGUUCAUUUUGCCAACGGACGUUCACUCGCCGAGAUGCCCUCAAACGCCACUGGGGAACAUGCAAGGUGCGCCUCGAAACUGGGUCAGAGGUACCACUCCUGCCUGCUCGUCGACCUAGAGGUAAGAAACCAAGGGCCUGCAAUCGCUGUGUUCGUCUGAAGCGCGCUUGUGAUCGCAAUGUUCCUUGCAGCACAUGCAGUAUACGGGACUACGAGUGCUAUUAUGAGCAAGUACGUAGUUCCAAGGCUUCAGAGGAUUCGUCACCAGAAGAGACGAAUGAUGUAUACCAACAAGAGAUAUCCAGUUAUGUUGUUCAAGAAGCUGAGGCAAUGCCUGUUGUCGUGGCUGACUUUAUGGACAACUCACUUAAGUGGCUUCGAUGCGAGUCACUGCCAUUUCCGCGCUUCGACUUUGACAUCUGGAACGAUAUCUACGGUAACGAAAUGCACCUUGUAUCCUGCUUCGAUCAGGCUGCUUCACGAGAAAGGUUGGCUCUACCGUUUCUAAAACGGUUUACAGAGUCAUCAGGCAUUGCCGAUGGUUUCGAUUGCGGGACCCUGUCUCAAAGGCUACAAUUAUAUAACUCCCUCGACGACUCUUCUUGUCAGACCCUGGCCGUCAAAACACGCGAGAUUGUGAGCAUGGUCAAAAGAGCAAUGACCCGAACGCGGUUUUGUUCCAGCACUGGAACAGCGUGGUCUCCAGUUAUGGAAAAGGGCUGUUUCGACUUCUUCUCACCCAAUAAUCUGCGCAGAUAUCUCCUUCUCUUCUGGUCUGGCUGGUAUCCCAACAGCCCAAUCAUCCACAAACCAACAUUCAACCCCGAAGUGGAGCCUCCUGAACUUCUAGCAUCGCUAGCUGUUCUGGGGGCAUGCUUAUCUCCAGACUCAAACGACUGCGUCCGUGCAACAGCGUGGCUUACUCCCGUUGAAGAAGCGGUCUUCAACGACGAUAUCUUGUAUGAUGACUCUAUCGUUGCGUCUUCAGACCUUGUUGGCGAUGAGUCGGCUGUGUGGGAUAAGCUGAAGGCGCUGCAUGCUGCGUAUUUUAUAUGUAUUGCCCAGAAUUGGGAGGGAUCCAAAGAGGGAAGACAGCGUGUUCGAAAGGACCGUUAUAGUCGCAUAGUCUCGAUUGCCAGAUCCUUUGGUCUCUACAACUUGAGCCUUGCGAAGCUGGGUACCACAUCUUCUACUCAGCAAAAAUGGGCCAAGUUCAUCCUUGUUGAAAGCAUGAUUCGAACGGCAACUUAUAUCUAUCUUCUUGACUCUGCGUUCGUUCUAUACUAUAGUCUGCCACCGAGGGUCAUAUCACUCGAGCUCAACACCGGACUAGUCUGUCCUGAGGCAUGUUUCCAAGCAGAGUCGGCAGCAGAAUGUUUUCUACAACUCCACGUGGCAACUAUGGGAACAAAGAAUCAGUUCAGAUUGACGCUAUCUUCUGUUGUUCGACUUUUCUGUUCUUCCCAUGAUGUAGACUUGAGCUUGUUUGAUGGCCUCAGUUCAUUCAAUAUGUUUACCAUCGUAUCAGCUCUCUGUUGUCUGGUAUUCCAGUAUCAGACCACUCUGGUGGACGUAUCACAAGUAACUCCAGCAGCCACUGGCCUAAGUCGCUGGAUGUGGUUAUGGCAACGAGGUGGCCACAUCGUAUCUAAUUCCGACAGUUACUCCCUUGAGAAUAUGUGGAAACGUAUCGGGUUCAUGCAACAUGCUAACGAAUAUUAUCACCUUGCUUGCGCAAUGCUUGAACGAUGGAAGCUUACCGAGAGAGAGAUUGAUGAUACUUUAGCCGCUUGGGCAGCUCCGUUUGGGUCAGUCCAGGGUAUCCCCAAAUACGAUGAUGGCGAUAUGGUCCAGGUUAAAGCUCUCAUUCAUGACAUGGAAAAUAUGACCUAUUAAUUAAGCUGCUGUUAUAUAAUCGAAUUUUAUUAUUCGCUACUGAAAGAUUGUUGUUUUCGAAGAUCUCACAAUAUAAUCUCUUCUCUUUCCUGA